UUAUGUCAAAUGUAAUAAGUUUAGUUUUUUAGGCUGCUUGUUUAUAUUUAUUAUAAAGUUCGAAUACGAUUUUAGCGCAUAUUUUUUUAAUUAUCGUUUAUAAUGAGUAAAGUAGUAAUUUGUGUGGUGUUAGUAUUGUCGCUCUGUACUGUUGGUUUGCUAGCCAUUCGUUGCUACCAAUGUUCAUCUGACCAGGACCGGAAAGGUUUCGACAGCUGUGGUGCCUAUAAACCAUUCAAUCGCACAGAACAUAUUCCUAUUGAAUGCAAUACUGAUGAAUCACAUAUGCCUGGAUCAUUCUGCAUGAAAGUGGUUCAACAAGGGCCACGAGGUUUCAUUUGGGAUGGACGUUGGCGACAAGUUAUUCGCCGCUGCGCUUCAGUAUCGGACACUGGUGUGACUGGUGUUUGUAACUGGGGCGUAUAUGAAAAUGGCGUCUAUUGGGAAGAAUGUUACUGCUCAAACGACAGUUGCAAUGAUGCGCAAAGUAUCAUUUUAUCAAAAAUGACAUUGGGCGUUGUAAUCGUUGCAAUUUUACUGAACUUCAACUGGAAACUUUUGAUUUAACAAAAAUGAAUGAUAUUUAUAACCAUUCCGUCCAUUAACGUAAAUUUCCAACAUGGGAAUCCAUUUUUGGAGCAACCCUAUUGUAAUUAUAAGUGCCUUAUAGUAUGCAUUUUUUCUUUAAGUUUACAAUUUAAAAAUAUAUUUACUACAUAUAAUUUUUUGGACCACUUCACUGCAUACAAAUUGUUAUACACAAUAAAAUACACAACAACUAGUAUAAAUAAGACUUCACAUUUCUUCUGCGUCGGGAUCCUUCGAAUCUCUCAUAACUUU